AGUCGCCGCCGCUCCGUAUCCGCGCCUUGCGCUGGCAUCUGGACGGUCGGGACUUUCCAUUUUUAUGUCGGCGAUCCUCUUAUGUCCAUAGCGGUCGAACUUGCCGCUCCAUCGACAUCUUUCUCGCGAGCGGCGCCACAUCGGCCUGAUCGUCAGGACCACGGGGUGCGGCGUCGUCGCGACCAUAGCUUCAUCACCGGAGCGUCUCGACGAGAGGGGACUGCAGAUUGUGGGUCGAUCUGUUCAGACCCGAGGCUCGGACCAGGUUCGGACGGAAUGGCAGGCGGCGAAGGCGAGGAGGUUCGAUCAGUCAUGUGGUUCCGGAAAGGCCUCCGCCUUCACGACAAUCCUGCUCUGCACGCUGCAUGUGAGAACGCCACACACGUGUGCCCGCUCUUCAUCCUCGAUCCUUGGUUUCUCGCUCCCGAUACAACGGCACCAUCUCUUGGUUCAGCUAGAGUGGGGAUCAAUCGCAUACAAUUUUUGCUCGAGAGUUUGGAAGAUCUGGACCGCAACCUUCGCAGUAGGGGAUCACGGCUUUUGAUUGUGCAUGGAAAACCAACGGAAGUGUUCCCUGUAAUUUUGGAGAAGUGGGGGAUCACCAGACUUUGCUUUGAGCGGGAUACUGAGCCAUAUGCAUUGCAGAGAGAUCGUGAAGUUAAGGAAAUUGCAGCCUCCGCAGGGGUGAAGGUGACCAGCCCGGUCAGCAAUACGCUUGCCACGUCAGCAGUCCCACGUCAGCAACAGUGCCACGUCAGCAGCAGUGCCAUGUCAGCAACAGUGCCACGUCAGCAGUGCCACGUCAGCAAUAGUGCCACGUCAGCAGUGCCACGUCAGCAACAGUGCCACAUCAGCAGUGCCACGUCAACAGUGCCACGUCAGCAGUGCCACGUCAGCAACAUGACGGGCCCAACUCUGGGCAUGCCAGGCCAACUGGCCAACGAGUCUAUUGCCGACUACAAACAGCGGUUCCAGACUCAGCUCGCACUGAUCGAGGCUGAGGAACAGCACCUGUUGGCAGCCGAGGCUGCCCGCCUACAGGCUGAAGCAGCGACAACAACUGAGAAGCAGCGGCUUCAGGCCGAAGCAGACGCAGAUACCCAGGCACGCCGCAAGGAAGCCCAGGAUCUGCUGCAGCGGCAUAAAACCACCAGCAUUGAAAGGCUCAAGUUUUGGCACUUCGAACCAUCCGAGGAGCAUGAUGACGCGACACCGGAGGAGCAGCACAAGGAAUUCAUGGCCAAGCUCAUGACCAGGUUGGUUUACACCUGUAACCACCUGCAGUCCGAGCUGGCGAAUCUCCAGCGGGGUGUGCGGAACCACAAGGCUCAGCACGAGGAUGCAGCACGGGCACUUGAUUCCCGUGUACAGGACUUGGAGCAAGUUGCACCAAGACCGGAGGCUGGCGAGUCGAGCAGUGCACCCUCUGCCCGCCAACUGGAGGAACGCGUCGAUCACGUAGUGGCAAUGCUAGGUGAUAUUAGCACCUUCGCAGCGCCAGCCACCAUCAGCCAGCAGCUGGACACACUGAAGACCAAUAUCAGGCAGCGACAACAGUCGUCCGACCUCGAUCGCAGCACCAGCACGACGAAUCAUUACAAGAUGCCGACUUUCCGGAUCGAGAAGUUUGAUGAUUACACACAUCAAGACCCGGUCGUCUGGUGGCAAGGAUUCACAACGGAGUUGGGGAUUCAUGAGGUCCCCGAACAUCUGUUCAUCGGCGCGCUGUUCCUUAACGCCAAGGGAGGAUGCCAGAUCUGGCUCAGCCAUAUGGCAACCGUCCACGGCGUCCAGGUCUUCGACCUACACAAGAAGGUCUCCUGGGAGGAUCUGACAAAGGAACGGAAGAAGCGGUUCAUCGUUGCUGACGCCCCGACGCUCGACAUCAACCGCAUCUUCACGAAGGCUCAAGGAAACACAACGACACGCAAUUGGCUCACAGAUUGGCAGAAGAUCGAGGCGACGCCCGAUCUGGAGUUGCCAUUUCCGCAUCUGCGCCGAGAGUUCUACAAUCGGUCAUGCGCCGCUUUGAGCCUCACACUUGGUGAUCACGAGCAGUACAACACCUUCGCCGAAAUCAUCAACAAGGCAAGGGAGAUCAUCAAGACAAACAGAGCAACUGCACAUGAGAAAUCAGCAUGGCAGCCAACCUAUGUGGAGAAGGUGAAAACUGGUCCGCGACCGCAGCAGUUCGCUACAGUUCAAACGGACAACAUUGUGGAAGACCCGGCAGCCACCCAAGCGUCACGUGAGGGAGAUCAGGUGGCUGCUGUCCAGCCGCGAAGCAACAACAAGUCCCGAGGAAACGAGAAGGCGAAAACCGCAUCGCCGGCCGUAAACGGACAGCCAGCACCAUGGGUCAAGUUUCACUUGACCGAGGUCGAGUACAAGUACCGCCGUUCUUCGCCGCCAUCUACCGCCGGGGAUUCAACGUCAUGGUCAAGACUUGAAGAGCUCGACCUGUUGACUUUUGCGGACUUCCAAUGGAUGCCCCUUCCCCGGUCCAGUCGAUUGCCGAAACCGCAUGGCAAUGAGCUCAUGGCACAAUUGCGGGAUUACUUGCACACUGCAGUACCAACUCCGUUGAUGGACGCCGGAGUAGAGGUCGUCGACCUUCACGCCAACAUUGCGAAGAUCGACCGCGAGUUCAAGACACAACGGUAUGACGACAUCGACGCACCAUUGUUAUAUGUACGCAUUCAGAUCGGAGAGGCGACCUGCAGCGCUUUGAUCGAUUGCGGAGCAUCUCGCAACUACAUGAGCCAAGACUUUAUGGUACGCGCCGGCCUUGGCCCACGCGUCCGGAGGAAGUCCCAGCCUACGCAAGUCACAUUGGCAGACGGUUACACACACAAGUCAAUAGACCGGUGCAUAGAUGACGUCCCCGUGUACUUUGCCCCGCAUGCAAGCAAGGCGGUGUCCCUCGAUAUUUUGGACACGAAAUUCGACAUGAUCUUGGGCAUGUCAUGGCUGCGAAGCGAGGAUCACCCGGUGAACUUCUACCGCCGCACCGUUCCCGUUCGUGAUCGGAACGGAGUACUAGUCCCAUGCACGGUAGCUCCUCCUCACCCUUCGAUCAGCUGCCACGUGGUGUCCGCUGCAAGCAUGCGAGCUUCCAUCAUUAGAGACGACAUCGAGGAGAUGGGGGUGUGUUUUCUCCACACCCUCCUGCCCCACGACGCUUCACCGACGGACUCAUCUUCGGACCCACGCAUCACCGAGCUUCUCGAUGCCUACGGCGACGUGUUCGAAGGCCCGCACGGAGUAGUACCGGAUCGGCCCAUCCGCCACGAGAUCAUCCUCGAGGACGGGGCCGUACCUCCGCGCGGUUGCAUCUACCGAAUGAGAAGGGAAGAGUUAAGUAUGCUACGGGCACAACUCGAUGACCUUCUGGAGAAAGGCUGGAUUUGGCCUAGCUCAUCGCCAUACGGUGCUCCUGUUCUCUUCGUCCGGAAGAAGAACAAGGAUUUGCGGUUGUGCAUCGAUUAUCGCAAGCUCAACGCGCAAAUGAUCAGAAACGCCGGCCCUCUUCCACGCAUCGAGGACCUUCUCGGACGACUGAGCGGCGCCAAGUUCUUCUCCAAGCUUGACCUCAAGUCGGGAUAUCACCAACUCGAGAUUCGGCAGGAGGACCGCUACAAGACCGUGUUUAAGACGCGUUAUGGGCAUUUCGAAUGGUUGGUUAUGCCAUUUGGCCUUACGAAUGCCCCGACCACUUUCCAAGCGGCUAUGACAACGGAGUUCCGACACUUGCUGGAUCGAUUCGUACUUAUCUACCUCGACGACAUCCUGGUGUACAGCUGGAGUUUGGACGAGCAUGUGGAACACCGACGCACCGUUUUGGAGCGGCUACGACAAGCCAAGUACAAAGCCAACUGCGACAAAUGCGAAUUCGCGCGGCAGGAGCUGGAGUACUUGGGACAUUAUGUGACGCCGCAAGGCAUCCGUCCGCUUGCGGACAAGAUCGAGGCCCUCCACGUAUGGCCCGAACCCACCAACACCACAAACGUCCGUUCCUUCAUGGGGUUGGCGGGCUACUAUCAGCGAUUCAUCACCGGAUACUCAAGGAUUGCUGCACCUAUGACGAGAUUACAAUCGCCAAAGGUGCCAUUCGUAUUCGAUGACGACGCACGCCGGUUAUUCCAAGCACUUAAGACGACCAUGCUCAUGGCACCCGUCCUUAGCAUCUAUGACCCCAUCCUGCCUACGAGAGUGACAACUGACGCUUCCGACUACGGCAUUGGGGCAGUCUUGGAACAACACGACGGCGACGACUGGCACCCUGUGGAGUAUUUCAGCCACAAAGUGCCUCCCAUCAAUUCGCUUGAUGAUGCAAGGAAGAAGGAGCUGCUCGCGUUCACAUGGGUCACGGACAACAACCCAUUGACCUACUACAAGACGCAGGAUACGGUGAGCAGCACGAUCGGGCGAUGGAUGUACUUCAUCGACCAAUUUGACUUCACACCUAAACAUCUCCCCGGCCUCUCCAAUCGCGCAGCAGAUGCACUCUCGCGAAGACCCGAUCUUUGCGCCAUGACACAUCAUGCCUUCGCAUUCGACGAGGAACUUCAGCGACACUUCAUCCGGGGCUAUGAGUCUGAUCCGGACUUCGCCACGUUGUGUGCGCAACUAUCUUCGGAUCACCCGCCGGCCAGCCACUAUCGCAUUGCCGACGGGUACUUGCUCCUCCACUCGAGAGGCAAGGACUUAUUGUGUGUCCCACGAGACCGUCGUCUUUGGACUCGCCUUCUCGGGGAGUACCAUGACUCGCGACUCGCCGGCCAUUUCGGAGUCAACCGCACUAUUGCACGGCUUCGACAACGAUUUCGAUGGCCCGACCUCGUUACCGAUGUCACUCAGUAUUGCGACUCUUGCGAAGUUUGUCGACGAAGCAAGCCCCGCAAUCGCAAUCCCUACGACGAGUUGCGCCCAAUGCCUAUCCCACAGGAACCCGGCCUCUCCAUUGCCAUGGAUGUCACCGAACCAUUUCCCCGCGAUCGCCUCGGGCACGACGACAUCCUCACGGUUGUGGACCGUUUGAGUGAUCUGGUUUGGGUCUCCGCGGAAGAGUUUGCACUGGAACAGGAUGUUUCACGCAAACUGCUUCCCAAGUGGUUUGGACCUUGGUCUGUGACAGGAGCCGCGGGCGAUGAGCCCGAUGGCCCUUCAUUUGUGAUCAAUAUCCCGACGCAUCUGAUGGUCCAUCCAGUCUUUCACGCCUCGAAGCUGGCAACAUAUACACCAGCUAAGAGCGACGACAUCCCGGGCCGACGAUCGCAGGACCCUCCAUCUAUGGAUGGGCAUCAGGAAGUUGACCGCGUCAUCACGGAUUGCAAGUACGGCAGCAAGCCUCGCCAGUACAAGGCAGGGGGACGACCACCCUUGACAUACCAGUCCUUCUUGAAGUUAGCCGGCAAGCCACCUCCGCCUAUUGGAGAUGCGCCAGCGAAAAUACCAUUGCCACCGUUAGACCUGGGAAAUGAACUUGCUGUCAUUGGAGUUCCAGAUAUUCGAGAUCUUGGAUAUGGCACUCCAGAGCUGCUCUCUCUGCAGGGUGAACGGAGCCCUUUCAAGGGUGGGGAGACCGCCGGACUUGAGCGCUUGGAGCAUUACAUGGCGAAGAAGGUUGAAGAGGAAUACAACAAGAACCCAGAUUCUUUCAAGGAGGCACUGAAACAAGCAGAAUUACAAACCUACAAAAGAAGGGCCAAAGCCCAACCAGUCAAUAAACGCCAAUUACACGAAGGGGGCAAGGCCGGGGAGAAAGAAUCGGGCUUGAAAAGAAGAAGGGUCGAGGGACCAGCAGGGGAACGGGACAACAACAAACCAGGAGCGGAUAACGAGGGUGAGGAAAUGGACUUUGAUGCGGCUGGGGAGCAGGCUGAUGACGAAGCAGAUCCCAAGCCGGAGUCCAGCCCCGUGGAGGAGGAUGAGCAUGAGCGGGAGGAACAGUCCCUAGCGUGGAUAAGACAUUAUGUGGAGAAAGCGAAAAGAGAGAGGGAACACGCUUUCGAUGUUCAGGUAGCAUGUUUGAAACACGCGGUACGAUCCCAAGCGAAUGGGAAGAAGAACGUAAUUGCUGGAAUCAGUAAUUCACCCAAUCAGUUCGCAGCCCUCCUGAAAGUUAAGGCGGAGGAGUUCUCCGAGUAUGCAGCCUUCAGGUAUGCAGAAAAAAAGAGGGCAAGAGAACAGGGAACGGAAGACAAAGACAAAACAAUUCCCGCAACCAAAGAUAUCUCCCAAGAUCGACGCCCCAAGACGAGGAAGACAAGUAAGAACCAGAAGAAAAGGGAAUCCAACGAAGAGCAAGGGGGGGAGGAAGAUAAACCAGAGCGGGAUCUGUUGGAAAAGGAAAUUGCAGUCGUCCUGUCCCAAAUAGAGAAACUAAGAAAAUGGAACAGAGAAUACGCCCCAGAAUACACAACGAUUGCACAGAUUGCAAAGGGGAAAGCACCCAUGGUUGUGGAAGCAGCCAAUGCAGCCCGCAAAACAUUGAGGAACAUCAGACCGCUCAUUGCAGCCAGGUAUGACCCCAAAGUGAAGGAAUGGUUAGUGGCAACCGACGUAGCCUUCCAAAUUCCAUACUUUGUGGAAGGGGAAAACAUUGUUAAGGCCUUAAGAAACCAUGUCACCUUCGAUGUCCCUCUGAGUCUGUUUGAGACGGUGGCUUUAGAAUCAGACAUGGAGGACAUCGAAUCCCAAGAGGGCUCAGAGAGCGAUCCCAAAACCAAGGAGCUAGCUGGCAGGAAGUCCCUGAGGGCCUUCUCACCCUUGAUUGCCAAAAUGCCGGAAGAGACACAACUGCAUUCAGGGAUGAGAUGGAGACCAUGGCGGACGGUGGUUGAAGUUCCUUACAGCAUUCUGGCUGGCCCGAGAGUGUCUACGGAGUUGAUGGUCACUUCAGUGGCCAGCAUCGUGGAGGCAGGGCAGCUAGAUGGGGAUGAAGAAUUGGACAUGAGAGCAUAUGCACUAGAUGAUGAGAGGUUUUACAGAAGUGAAGGAUUAGAAGGUGAUGCAAGGGACGGUGAUGACGAGUGGGAGAAGAUGGACAGGCUGAUGGAUUUGGAAAAAAAGGGAAAGGGAGAGGUGGACACUGAGGGGAGAGGAGGGGAGGAGCUGGGCAAGGCGAUCUCAGAGGGGAGCUCCGACGCCGUGUUACAAGAUGACAAAGGAGGGCAAGAGGAGAGAGAAGACGGCCUUGGGGCUGACAUAUCCUCUCCCCCGCCCACCUAAGCAAAUGAGCCACAAGCCUAG